AUGAGUUUCACGUCCUUUACUCUACUAGCCUCGCUGCUGCUAGUGGUUCCUGUGGUUGCUGCGGCAGUGAAAUCUCCUCCCUCCUGGCAGACAGUGUACCCCGAUACCAACAUUGUGGUUCCGCUGUUUGGCAAGCAAGGUCCUGACUGGCGACUGUUGUAUCGAGACAAGCCGAGCGAUCCCUGGCAAGGCAAUUUCACAGCUCGAGUUCCAGGAGACCUUGUCAGUGAUCUGAUGCACAACGGACUCAUUCAUGAUCCAUACACGGAUUUGAAUCUUUGGAAGGAAGAAAACAUUUGGUUGGGACCACAAGAACAACCACCACCACAAGAAGAAGAAGCAGACGAGAGCGCGACAAAACCCAAGCCACCACCGCAGCUGUGUCAGAAGAAACAAACGCGGGUCUGGAGCUACUCGGCCCAUGUUGAUUUGCCCAACAAGAAGAGCCAGUACUCCUGGUAUCUCGUUGUCGAAAGUCUCCAAAUGGGAGCUACCAUUUCUUGGAAUGGUGUCUUUUUAGCCAAUGUCACGGAUCAGUUUCUUCGGUACACGCUCCCCAUUCCCACCACAGCUCUAGCACUAGCAGCAAAAACCAAUACAUUGUCCGUGACAUUUGACCCUUCCAUCGAAACCGACGGCCGAUUCAUGGCUUGUGCGGGAGGAUGGGAUUGGGCCCCGUACACACGGGCAUGUGAUGACCAAAAUCGUCGCAUCUUUACCCGAGGCAUUGUGGCGCCCAUCUAUCUGGUGGCGGCGGAUCAAUUCUUGGUAACUCACGUUGUUCCCAAAGUAUACUACCAAGGUGCUGCGCUGCCAAGAAAACCCAUGAGACACCCGGAUGCCGACUUUCGAGUGGCACUACAAGUUCAUGUCGAAUUCACCACCACCAAUCAGCAGCCUGCUUCAAAGGAACAAAAGUACCACCUUUCGGUCGGGUCUGAUUUCACGUCCCAAGUACAGACUCGACCGGUGGUCAAAACGUCGGACAAUAACAAUGCCGUAAUGACGUUCAACCUGACAGCGUCCAAGGAUCAAGUAGAAUUGUGGUGGCCCAAUGGAAUGGGAGGACAGCCCUUGUAUCAAGUCCGAAUGGCAAUUCUCGCCGACAAAGGAUUUUCUAGUAACAGCAACAAGCAUCAUCAAGGAGAGAUGGCUACUUUGGCUUCUACCAACAUCAAGAGACAACUCGCUACUUCUUUGCGCAGUAGUGAGAAAGAUGAAGUCUCAUGGAUACAAAAGAAAAUUGGGUUCCGGACGUUUGCUAUUGUGACAAUCAACGAGACUGCCUUGGAUGAUGAAUCUGUCAUUGGAGGCGGCGAGGAGAGUGUGGAGGAACAAAGUGAGGACGAAGAAGGAACGGGACUGCAUGGAAUGUACAUGAGGAUCAACGGGGCACUUGUCAUGGCUCGGGGAGCCAAUAUUAUUCCAAAUGAUCAACUUGAAGGACGCGUUGCUAAGGAUGCCAAUAUUGACGACGACAAGCCAAACAACAACGAAAAAGCGUAUGAAAUCAUUGUCCAAUCAGCCGCGGCAGCUAACAUGAACAUGAUUCGGGUGUGGGGUGGAGGCAAAGUAUUACCUCAGUCUUUCUAUGAUGCCUGUGAUGAACACGGUAUUAUGCUCUACCAUGAUCAAAUGUUUGUGGACGAGAACAAGCAUGGACCACAUGAAACGUCCACCAUUGAACAAGAAAUCCGGCAUAUGGUGCGCAGUCUUGCGUCACACACGAGCAUUGUUGUAUGGAACGGUUGCAAUGAAUGUCAGGUUGUCAUGGGAACGAAGAAUGAAAUCUACGCUACGUUUGUCAUGCAAACUGUUGCUCAAGAAGAUGACACUCGAAGUAUUUGGCCCAGUUCACCAUCCAAGUAUGGGUGGAAAACCGGAGUCAAUCGUUGGGACAGCCGACCCAAUGGCAAGCCAUUGGCGACUCGCAAUCCAGCCGAUCACAAGGGAGAAAAUUCCAUAGAAUCGCAUGGACCCUACAUGAGAUCUUUUUCACGGGACUACGAAGGUGUAAAUGGGGUCGACCAAAAAUUCCCGUAUCCAUCGAUACCAAACAAACUGAACAACCGAGAUCUUGGCCUACAAUAUCCGAGCACAUUUGCUUCGGAGUUUGGUGCUUCCGUCUGGUCUUCUUUCGAAUCUUUGUCUGGAACACUGUCACAGGGGCACUGGAGUCUUCACGGCGGCUCUGGACCCGACAAAUGCUACAAAACAGGCUUUGUAAAAGUUUGCGAGGGUGACAACGUCAUGGCACAACGAAACUACCCCUGCGACACUCACAUUGAAGCCUACUUUGGCAACCAGACCUCCUUGGACAUAAUUGGGCAAAGAUCCUUCCAAGCCCAGCUCUAUCAGUGCAUGAUGGCACAAACCUUGUGGAUGAAGCAAGACAUUGAACACCGGCGCUCCAAGAACUCAUUCGGGUUGCUGAUAUGGCAGCUAAACGAGAAUUGGCCAACCGGAGGCUGGGGUCUCAUUGAGUACUCUGCCGACUCUCAACAACCCGAUGUUUUCAAAGGGCAGGUGCUUGGAGGUCGGUGGAAACCACUCAUGCACCUGCUUAAGAGCUACUUGUUCCGUGAUGUCAUGGUAUCCUGUGGUGUGAAAAAUUUGUGCCUCUUAAGAAAUGAUGGGAUGGAUCAAGUAAAGGCGAAGGUGUCACUGGAAGCCUGGAACAUUGCAAGUUCCUUGAAGGGAUCAUCACCAGCAACAUUCGACUUUCAGGCCACCUUGGAGGGAGGGGUAGCAUCUACAGCCCUAUUCCAAGCCCCUGCUGAAUGGGGCCCCGAUUCGUAUGAUGCCAUGUUGAUUAGUGUUACCGAUUCGGAGAGUGGUGGUACCCUGGCAGAAGAGAGUAUUUUUCUUUGGAAACCACUUCCCAAAACUACCCCCAACCUCAGCUUAUUUGUGCACGUCCAGGUGAAGUCCAUUGAGGUUGGACCUGACAAAUCAGCUGCGCUUGUAACAGUUGAAAGUGACGGACUGGCUCUAUAUGUAGUCCUUACCACUGGGGCCCCAGGACGAUUCCUUGAGAACGCAUUUGCACUCCGGCCCAACCAGCCCAAACAAGUGACUUUUGUGUCCCUGGCCAAAGGUGCAGCUGUGGAUGUGUCCAUGCUCAAGGAUACAGUGAGGAUAGAACACUUGGGAAUGUACCUGGUGCCAUAA